GACAAAAGGAUCUUUUAUCUGAUCACGGACUGGAGAACUAAUGGAGCAGCUGUCAGAUCUGUGUGCCCAGACCGUAAUGACAUCGGCUUCACCAGAACAGAACAGGUAUGGCAGCGACUUUACCCAGAACCCUUGGGGAGUUGCAGCUCUACCGCAUCCUUCAGAGGGCCAACCUGCUGUGCUACUACGACGCCUUCAUCCAACAGGGCGGCGACGAUGUUCAGCAGCUCUGCGAGGCAGGCGAGGACGAGUUUCUCGAGAUCAUGGCACUCGUGGGCAUGGCCAGCAAGCCACUGCAUGUCAGACGCCUACAGAAAGCUCUGCGUGAUUGGGUCACAAACCCUGCCCUGUUCAAUCAGCCCCUCACGUCCCUGCCCGUCUGCAGCAUUCCCGUCUACAAGCUGCCCGAAGGGUCACCCACAUUGUUGCCUGGUAACGGUGCCCGUGGAGACACCCAAGUCAAAGUGCCCAAGUGUUUGGCAGCUGCUUGUGUAGAUCCCGGAAAAGGAGAAUCAGGCAACGGGAACUCCUCGGCCACCGUUUCGCCCCUACAGAGUGGCAGCGAACCACGUUUUUGGGCCAGUCAUGGCACGGAGAGCGAGCACAGCCUCCCAGCAGAACUGGGCUCUCCGUCUUCCCCUCGGGAUGGCCUUGAGGCGCUUGACGCAGCUGCUGUUCAAUCCGUGGCUGAGUGCGUGGAAAGAAUCUCUCAGACUUUGCCCAAGAGUGACCCCGGAGAGGUUAAAGAACAGUUGAAGGGAAAUAAGAAGCUUGCCAAAAUGAUCAGCCACAUCUUCGAUAUGAGCGACGAGGAUCCGCACCGGGAAGAGGAAAUCCGCAAGUAUAGCGCUAUAUAUGGCAGAUUCGACUCAAAAAGGAAGGAUGGGAAGCAUCUGACUCUGCAUGAGCUGACUGUGAAUGAGGCUGCGGCGCAGCUUUGUAUGAAGGAGGUGGCAUUGCUGACUCGCAGAGAUGAGCUUUUCGGACUGGCACGUCAGGUCUCCCGAGAGGUCACCUACAAAUACACCUACAGAACAAGCAAAUCUCGAUGUGGGGACAGAGAUGAGCCCUCGCCCAAGAGAAUUAAAACUGAGGAGGGCUGUUUUGACCUCCAGGAGGCGCUGCAGGCUAUUCACAUGCGCCAGGAGACCCUUAAGGAGCAGCUAGCCCACGCCAGAUCUAAAGGAGAGGAGACGGUUGGGCGGAAUAUCCAGGUUCAGCUGGAGCGUCUGUUGGCCAAGCAGAUGGAGAUACUGCAUGAUGCCGCGGCGCAGGACAGACUGCAGGCUCUAGAGUGGAGGGUUCCACCAGGGCCCUACAAACACAGCACAGAGAGGCAGAACAGCAAUGGGCUCUCAGCUGACAAAAACUCUGACCAGCAGGGAGAGAGACCACUGAAUCUGAGGGUGACCAGUCAGAGGCUGAGCGCACCAGACGGAGACACGCCUCUCGGAAAGCAGCUGGCAAAUGAGUUGAAGAGGCAUCAUCAUCAUCACGCUAACGCUGAGAGCAAGACGUCAGCAGCCACAGAAAACGGAGGAGAUUCAUCGUCACGUGCCCUCAACCUCUCUGAGAAGAAGACCAUCAAAUCAGAGCCGGAGGAUUCCAGAUAGCAGCCCUGAAUGCUUUCGUUUCAAACCUACAACAAUACACGUCGUCUGUCAGUGAAUACUAAACAAGCACAACUACAGUAGAGCCUUAACAACCAAUGUUGCCUCAAAAUAGAAUUUAUUUUAGUUUCUCACCAUUUUUGUUUUUGCCAAAGCACCUAGAGUCCUUAUUUCCAUUCUCCUGAGUAGAUUCACACUGUUUGUGCUGUCACUGACUGUACUUGUUCAAUUCUCACUAGUUCUAAUCACCUGUUUUUAUCUCUUCAUGCUCUCCUAUCGGUAUGGACCACGAAGUCCGCUAUUUGUACAUACAUAGAAAGUGUCUGUUUGAAAAUGGUUAAAUGUUAUUUAAAUACAGUACGUGUUGUAUGUAUAUAUGAAUGCAUGUAAAAUUUCACUGAAACAGAGGAACGCAGUGUUUUUGAAGUUGCCAGUACGCAGCUGUUGUUGUCGCCUAUUUAAGUGAGCCUACUGGAUUGCAUUUCUCUUUAAAGACCCCAUGCAGUCACUUUCAUUUCCUGUAUUGACUAUUUCCUGUUAUAACAGGAAGUCGGUAGGACACAUCAAUGGGUUUGUUCCUUUUUUAAAUAUCCAGUAGGCUUUAUUUACGCCUUGAACCGUGAUUUGCUAUUGCUAGUCGACAGCAGGUGGUAUUAUUAGCAGGAGUGAUAUCAUUCUAGAGAGCAUUUGAUUGGAAAAAAAUCUGACGCAUUGAUAUUAGGGCUGCAGUGAUAUAUCGAAAUUGAUAUUGCAAUAUGGCUUAAUGCAGUAGGCUGCGAUUUAUUUCAGACUGAAGCUCUGCACAUGUGCAGCUCAUGAUACAGUUUCAGCACUGUAAAUGAAAAGGGCCUCGUUUUACUCUAAAACCGGCCGUGCGUAUGUUUAUUUGCCAGCAAACGGCCAUAAUAAAAGCUUGAUUUAACGUUUAAAAAAAUGAAGAAAUUAAGAUGUAAAUAUUAGUACUGUAUUUUUACAGUUGUUAUAAAAUACAAUUAUUAUUAUUAUUUUAAUAAAUACUCCUAUUUUUAUUUACAGUGUAGUAGUAGUAUUGCAACAUUUCUUAUUUUAAUAUUUUUAUUUAAUAAUAAUUACAAAAAAAAUAUAUUAUAUUGUCUGAAUGAGUCAAAAACAGAUUUGAAAGAGGUUUGAGUUGGUUUUUGUAAAGACUACCCAAGUGAGAACAUCCAAAUUUCCCAAAGUUUUCUUAAAUCGCUGAACCCUAAAGUGAUAGUUCACACUCAAGAAUUUUUUUUUUUAGUUUUAUUUUCAGGUCCCAUUUACACUAGUGUGUUUUCGUUUUAAAAUGCGUACGUUUACGCCUGUUGUUUACAAUACGCCGGCAUUUUCAAACCUCGAAAACGCCGCAGGGUCCGUUUUAGUUUAAAAACAUUUCAGUAUAAACAAACCAAAACGGAGACUUUUGAAAACGAUGGCACGGCUGCCCACGUUCGCUCUGCAUAUCCUUGACGACCAUGUAAACAAUAACAUGGAGACUGAACUGCAAUCUUUGCUGGCUUUGUUGUAAUUUUUAGCAGCCAUUGUGUUAAACUCUGCAUUUUUUUAAUACUGCAGCUGCCUACAUGCGCGAGAGGCAACUGUUUACACUUGUACGCGCAUGCCCAGUGUGCAUGAACUCUCAUGUGACAAGGGUUUUCGGUCAUGUAGUAUAGACUGAGAUCGUUUCUGAAGCACUGUGGAAAUGCCAGUGUAGACGAAGAUCGUUUUCAUUUUAAAACGCCGUUUUAAAACGAAAACGCACUAGUGUAAACGGGGCCUCAAACAAAAUCAACCCAAACAUUCUAGAAUUAUUCAUUCUUUCCAAAUAUAGCUACUCAAGUCAUCUGGUGGAAGUUGCUGUAUUUUUUUCACAUCGCAAUAUAUUCACAGAAAAACAAAAUAUCGCAAUAUUUUUUUCAAUAUCAUGCAGCCCUAAUCAAACGUUUUGGUUGUUUAUCCCAGAAGAGAAAGACAAAGCGUUUAAAUUCGUAACGUUUGUCAGCGUUUAGUACACUAGCGUAUAGAUGACCUCAAAGCUAGUAACGUUACAUAUGAAUACUCUAAUUUUGAUCUCAUGGGGUCUUUAAGGGAGUCGACGAUGCUAACGAAUCUGAAUUUAAAAGUCUCUACUAUGGUGCUAUGGUUGAAUUUACUUGCGUAACAGAGGAAAACUGCGGUACACGUUGCUAUUUAAACACUGAAAUCUCGGAGCCAGCCGUUUGGCUUUCUUGAACGAAUAGUAAUGCCUGAUUUAUUCUGAUACUAAGCACAAUUAAUAUAUGUCAUCGUACUCUAUACAUCCCAACAAAAUGCUAAUAUAGACAAGCAUGUCUCCCCUCCUGAACGUCAUGUAAAUAGUUUGAAAACAUUCCCAACUGACUGGACUUGAAAACAGGGCGUCAUUACUGCACCGUUCCAGUCUUUAUCAUAAUCAUGUAAUGUAUUUGUAUUACUGAAUAUUUAGUCGUAGAGCAAUACCGGGUAGCUGUUGUCACUUAACUCAGUGAACGUGUCUAGGUGUCCCAACCUCAGAGGGACAUUCACUGUACAGUAUUUCUACUCCGUUUCGUAGUGUAGACAUAGUCUUAGAUUCAGCUAACGUGCAAAUGUAUGUGAAACUGAUAUGCACUAGUGUUUGAUUCUCGAAUUUGCAUCCUACUGCUCAUCGUUUUCGUGUUUCUCAAUGGUGAUACGUGUUUUUGUAGGACUUGUACCCGUGAAAUCAUCGGUUCGGCUUCGAGUCGCACUCUUUAUGUAGUUUUAAAGUAUCACGUGAGGUGAAGUAGGCACGAGAUAAUCAGGUUUUCCACAAUUACAUGUCUGUAAUGUACCGGUCAAGCUGUUAUAUAAUCUGUAUUUGUGUCGAUGACAAAUACCUCUCUAUAUCGGUACCAAGAGACCGAUUUUUAAUGUCCUGAUCAUACACUUCAGUAUUUUGAGGGAAUAUGUGGAAAUAUUGUGUGUGCUUUUAUUUUUUUAGGAGACUAAAGAGAUCUCGAGUAUGCAAAAUCUUAAUUUAAGUGCCAUUUUAAACAUGUUUUUGAGAGCGUGCGAUAAGUCGGUGGGUUACGAGAUGUCCCGUGCGAUAAAGACGAGCGUUAUGUGAAUAUUUAUUGACAUUUUUGCCUUAGUUUAAAAGCAUUCCAUGUUACAAUUCUUUGCCGGUGGUAGUUUAUUUUGGGUGUUCGUUUUAGGUGGAAUGGAAAAUGAGAUUUGGGAAGUUGUAUGAACAUCUGAGACUUAAAUCCUUGGCAAUAUCAAGCUCUCUAAGAGCACUGGAACAAAAUUUGCUUUGGAAAAAAUCUGAUUGGACCUCACUGAUUACAUCGUUACCAAUGACCUAUAUAGCAAGACAUAUCUAGACGCCUACCUUUGUUCCUUGCUUGUUACUGUCUUUAACCACUCACAGAAAUGAUCAGUCUUUCUCUAAUCUUUGUACUUGCUUUGUAUAAUAGACUUAUGCAUCUUGGACUGUGGGAUGAAACUGUGUUGUCAGUAGAACUUGUUCUCAUCACUUUUGAGUAGAGAGUACAUUAGGAUAUGCAUACGGUAGUCCUGCACAUAUUGUUUUGUAAACACUAAUAUAUUUAAUUUGUUAUACAGUACAUGAACAUUAAACUCUAUUUUUUUGA